AGAGAGAGAGAGAGAGAGAGAGAGAGAGAGAGAGCCCAGUGAGGACAAACUUGCAAGAAGCAGAGCAUGCAGAAAAAGCUCCGCAAGACAACAGUGCAGCAGCUCGGCGGGUUUUGAAGCUACAGAGGCAGCAGAGCUUGUUGCGGAUUACAAUGAUUGCCACAACUCAACAAAACAUGACCACGGAGCUGGACCUGGGCAGUACAGAUGGUCCCCCGCGGAACUGGAAGGGUAUAGGAAUUGCCAUGGUGGUGAUCCUGGCUGUUAUGUCUCUGGUCAUCCUCUCUGUCAUCCUCCUCACGCCUGAUGCAUCUAAAUUGUUACUCCGUUCCCAUCUCACUAUGGAGGAUCUGGAGAGUGAAGAGUUCAAAGUUCAUGACCCCUGUGUGGCAUGGUUGAACGAAAACGAAGUGGCUCUCCGCACCAGAGAAGGACAUGUCCUGUCCUUCAGCCUCAACAGCAACCUCACCUCGACUCUGGUGGACAACAGCUCCCUGGACCUGACCACUACUAAAUUCCAAGUGUCUGCAGACAAGAUGUUUGUCCUCUUGGCGUAUAACAUUCGACCGGUGUUCUCUCAGUCCUUCACAGCCUCCUAUGCUUUCUACAAUGUGGCUAAUGGGGAUGUGCUGGAGCUUAACCCUCCGGAGAGAGAGAAAGCAGUGCUACAAUAUGCUUCCUGGGGGCCUCAGGGGAGCCAGCUGGCCUAUGUGUUUGAAGGAGAUAUCUACUACAAGUCGAGUGUGACCAGCAAAGCCCUGCGUCUCACAACCACCGACCUGGAGCAGAAUGUGGUGAACGGGUUGUCUGACUGGACUUAUGAAGAGGAAGUGCUCUUGACAUAUGUUGCCCACUGGUGGUCUAUGGACGGGGCCCGGCUGGCAUACCUCACCAUCAACAACUCUGCCACACCGGUGAUGGAAAUACCUCACUUCUUAGGGGGUCUCUACCCCUCCAAUGUGCUCUUCCCUUACCCAAAGGCUGGCUCAAGUAUCCCAUCAGUCAGUCUGUUUGUGGUGAAUCUGUACGGUCCAGCUCACACUCUGGAGAUGAUGCCUCCUGACUCCCUCAGGGCCAGAGACAGCUACAUCUCCAUGGUGACUUGGAUCAGCAGCACCCGCCUCGCAGUUCGUUGGCUGAACCGUGCCCAGAACCAAUCAGUGCUGUGCGUGUGCGAGGCUACCACAGGGGCAUGCUCAGAGAAACACAAAAUGGCCAUGGACAUAAUGCAAAACCAACGGCAGGACGUGCCAUUGUUUUCAGCAGACGGCUCUGUGUUUUAUACAAUCCUGCCAGCAAAACAGGGCGCUCGUGGAGAGUUUCACCACAUCGCCAGUCUUUCAUCCCUGCCUGCCAUCCCCUCCGUCCCUCCUCGCUUCCUGACAUCAGGGAGCUGGGACGUCAGCUUGCUCUGCAGCCUCGACGAGAAGGCUGGAAAAAUCUAUUUCCUGAGUGCAGAAGAAUCCAGACAAAGCAGACACCUUUACAGUGUGGACCUGGAUGGAGUGUUUCAGCGCCAGUGCAUCUCCUGUAACCUCAUAGAUGGAUGUCGCUUCUUUAAAGCUCAAUUUAGCCCCAAUCAAACCCACUUCACUCUCUACUGUCUAGGCCCAGGAAUCCCUAAAGUGACAGUUCACAGUACAAAGGACCCCUACAGAUACGUCGUCUUGGAGGACAACAGCCCUCUAUCUAAAGCUCUGGAGGACAAGAGGCUCCCUGAGACUCUGUUUAGGACACUCCCAGCAGACAACCAUGAUGUACACCUGAAGCUAUCUCUACCGCAGGGUUACGAGGCCAACCUGCACCCUCUCCUCAUUAUUGUGGAUGGCGUUCCUGGCUGUCAGUCGGUGACAGAGGAAUUUGUUCUCGACUGGCCUCAGGUCCUCUCGGGCACACACAAUGUGGCUUUGGCAUGGGUGGACGGCAGGAGUGGGGUUGGCCGUGGACAGAAGACCACCACUGUGGAUCCACGCAAGCUUGGCUCAGUUAGAGUCAAAGAUUAUCUGGGAGUUGUCGAGUUGUUGAUGCAAUUGCCUUAUAUUGACGAUCGUCGGAUGGUCCUCUAUGGCAAGGCAUUUGGAGGUUAUUUAACUCUCAAGAUGUUAGCUGCAACAGAUAAACUCUUUCAAUGCGCAGCCGCUAUGGCACCGGUAACUGACUUCAGGCUUUAUAGUGCUGCAUUCUCAGAGAGGUAUCUAGGCCUUCCAGCAAAGGAGGAGCACGCUUACUCUACUACCUCUUUGCUGGAGGAGGUUAACAAGCUGAAAGAUGAGAAUUUCCUUAUUCUACAUGGAACUGCAGAUGCGAGGGUACACUUCCACCACACCGCUGAGCUCCUGAGCCGACUGGUGAGGGUGGAAGCCAACUACUCACUGCAGCUGUACCCAGACGAGGGCCACAUUCUGAGAGAGCCACGCAGCAUCCAGCACUUCCAGCGGACAGUGGUGAACUACCUCCAAGGCUGCUUGAAGUACAGCAACCUCCUAGAUCCUGUAGAGGAUCCCGAGGAAGAAGAUCAUUGAGCCCAGAGCCCCUUUUCCAUCCUUGUGGAAGGACCAUCUUUGGACUGGAUUUUAUGCAUUAACUUGGGUCGGAUUACUAGGCACAAGAGCACAGGAGUGGGGACCAAACACAUCAGAUCACCUCCUACAACUUCUGGAAAAAUUGAUGUACUGUAAACCUUGUUGCACACAAUUAUUUCUGCUGUUAUACUGUAUUGUUUGAGGCCCUGCUUUUUUACAAAAUUCACUCGAGAUGUUGUGGACUAGAAGGCAUACUGAUUCUGCCAAAAGUUUACAAAGAUUUUAAAACAUGCAUGUCGUAAUGGCUGCAUGAUGUGGAUUAGUUUACAUGGCAUUUUCUGUGUUACGCAGAUCUAAAUCGCACCCAUCAAGGUUAAAAGUGUGAAAUCUUCCAACAGUUGGGUACACAUUGGAAGACUUAAAAAGAAUCCUUUUCACAGGACUACAGGAUCCCAUUCAGAUUUAUGCAGAUUCCAAUUAUAAUUAAUUAAACGAUAUAUACAGUUCUAAAACAUGAGAUUUUAAUCCUAACCUCUAAAAUAACUAAAGAUAAAUAAGUAAACUGGCCCUUCUGCUGACUGACGUGGGCAGACUCCAAGAUCUUUAAGAUGUCAUUGUAAAAUCAGAAUUAUUUGAGGUCUUUUUACACAGUGUGUUCCCGGCUAAAAUAAAGUUAAAUGAAGGAUAUGGAUCAUUCUAAAUGUGCCACAUACAUUUAGAGGCCUUUAUCCACUGGUUUUAUUAGCAUUACUUGCAUUAUGUGAUUACAAAUGAGUAUGCAACUUUACACCACAAGCUCUGAUUCUAGGGUGAUUGCAAGAACGUCCAUGUAGGUCUGUCUAUUUACUGUUUGUGUAAGUACAGUAUGUUUCUGUUUUGGUACAUCUUGGCAUUUUGAACAUUUCUUGUGUAUUGUGUUUGGACAAACUGUUGAGCCUUACCUUACAGUCCACAACGUUAGUGGACAUUGGGCUUGAGCAUCAAACUAUCAACCAAACCGUACUGGUAAACUGCAUGCAGUUGGUUUGAAACUGAAUGCCCUUGACUCUACACAACCGGCUACUCCUUUUUGCCAACAGUCCUUGACAAUAAAGUUUGAACUUCUUGUUUUACAGCAA